GAUACAUAAUCACACUUGAGAGUUGAAUUCAUUCAUGUGAAAGAUGACAGCCUAUAAUUUUACUUCACGUAAGCAGCUGAAAAAUCUACUGAAUGAUGUGGAAGGUGUUCAGAAACAUGACAUUCAUUCUUAUGCAGGGGGUCAUUUGAAUGAAGCUUAUUUGUAUAAACCACCCUCAUCAUGGGCAAGUAGUAAAUGGACAGCUGGGAAGGGGAAGAGAAUAUCACUUGUUGAAAAAAGCACCAUUCCAGUGUCUAAUGUUAGAAAAUCAACCCAGAGAGAGGCCAAAAUGAAGGAGACAUUAUAUGACUUCAGUGUGGGAACAACGGGUAGUUUACCCUUAUAUCCUAGUGAGAUAAACAUGGCUUCACAAAUUCGAUACAAAAACGUGAAGACCCCAGUUAGUACAAUUGGGACCACAAUAGGAACCACAGAUGAUCGCCCUGAGUCAACAAAGAGAAAUCCCAGUGCUGCAUCUAAGAAAUCUAUUUACACAGAACUCCAAGAUGGUGUUUUAGUGGAAGAACUCAAAGCCGAGGAAGUAAUGUUGCCAGGGAACAGUCGACGAUCAAAAAGGCUACCCCCAAUGGAAGAGGAAAAUGAGGAGUAUGACGUUAUGGAAAACAUUCAGAAAAGUCUUCAGAUAGACAAUAUGUUAACCUUCAGGCACCAGUUUUUGCCCACUCAUCAUAUUGGGGUUACCAAAAGGGAUCAAUAUGAGAAACUUAAAUCAAUGGAAGAUCAAGUCAUCGGAUUAAAGGACGCUUCUGAACAGCAUGUACUGUCUGGUGUGAAAGCUGUCAAACACUUAGAAAAAAGACUACAGGAGGAGCUGGAAACACUUGACUUCAUUGAUGAUCACCGACCCAACUUUCACAAACUCCAGGUGUAUAGUAACGUUUUAGAGGAUUUAAUAGAGGAAAGUCCAACAUUUUCAUAUAUACUGAGGGAGAUAAAGACUGAAUAUGACAAUUACAUCUCCAAACUACUAGACCAGCAGUCUCCAGAUCAUACCAAGAAACUCCGUACACAGGUAGAGCUAAUGGUGUUCCGAGGGACGUCACGGCCGAAAGAAUUGGAGGAGGCGGAAAACAAAGUGGUCAAGUUAGAAGACAAGGCCAAGUCACUGCUGGAAAAUAAUGAAAGGUUACGGAAAGCCUUACUGGAGGAGGAGGAAUUGUUAGCCAGGGAACCCAGUGAGCCCGAACCCAGAAUACAGCUAGCCAGUGCUUACCAUGAGGAACCUACAGCAGAACUUGCCGAUGAAAUUGAACAUGUUAAAGCACUGAUCCUCGAAAAGCUGGACGACCUGAAUGCGCUCCGCACAAAGUUACGAGAAGAGUAUGUCCCCCUGACUGUGUGCACUCAUCUAGAACAGUGUAUUAAAGAAACUGAGGUGGAGGUUCAGAAGCUACUGAAACAGAAUGAGUACCUGGAGAGGAGUAUAUCAGAGAUGGAGACUGAUUUACGGGAGGCCAUUCAAGAUGCAGACACCAGUGAGAGAGACGCUAGACGCAUUUGGAGGAAGGUGAACUCAAGGAAAGGUCUGCCACACAUGCCCAAUGAAAAGAACGGAACAACGGAAAGUGAUGAUGACGACGAUGAUGAAAGCAAGUGGAACUGGUACAUUUCAUAAAAUGGAAUUCUGUCGUUAAUUAAUCCGUCCAAGUGGACUGGUACAUUUCGUAGUACGGAAGUCUGUUGUUAAUCUCUCCCAGUGGUUUGAAAGAAACAGAACAUCAAGUGGAAGUUAAUGUUUUGGAUUUUAAAUCUGUUCACCUAGCAUUACAGUUUCCUGUCUCCACAGCAAAAAAUCAUAAAAACCAGUUGUCAAAACCAAGUGACCUUUAGAGUAUGUUUUACUUCCUACUGCUGAAUGUGUGCAUUUUAUUCCAAAUGUGAUAUAUUUUCUGUCAAUUUUUUUAGUUUAUGUACCGUUAAUAUUGAAUUGUUGUUAAAUUGAAGAUGUAUAAUUUAU